UAAUGUUGGCAUUUUUUGAAUGAUGUUGACAAGUGGUCUCUCUAUAUGUGUUAGUCGUUUCUGCGUUUAAGAAAAUUUUUUUCUUGGGUGUUGCUAUCAUUAAGUCACUGUCCAAUGGAUACAGUACGCAACCGUGUGGCACCAGUCGGAAAUAUUCCUAAACUGGCUCAUCCAGGCUAUGCCGUGAAAGUGCCGGACAACGCCGGAACAUGCUUAUUGAGGCUGUCUGAUGACGAAAACACUCUUCAGUUGUUAACUUCGGAGUUCGCAAAUAGUGUGUUGCCCGUUUUGACUCGAGAGAGAAACAAAACGGAGCCCCACCACUGGAUGACGGUUGGCCCAGAAAGCCAUUAUUCUGAUAACAGAGGAAGAAUGCAUCUGGCAAUCCAUGUUGCACCAAAUGGUAAAAAGCAGAUUGCUGACUCACUCGUGGUCUGGAUCCACGAAAGCAAGCCCGGCUACGUGUGGGUCAAUAAGUCAGCAAAAGUCAGCAAAGAGUUUUUAGCUGUUGAAAGUCGACGCAGAGAGGCAGGUGAACAGCUGCUAGAGCGAUUUUGCGAUCGCAAGCUGUUGAAUGCGCUCAUUCUGCAUGAGUGGAAGUUUUUGUGGGGUUCCUCCGGUGCAGGUGUUAACUGGACCGUUUGGAUUAUGAAGCCAGAUGUUGGAAUAAUAUAUCAAGUGUUCUGCCCAACUGCCAAUUCAGUGAAACUGCUGCCCAUCAUGAAAAAUGGGCGAUACACGUUUUCCCGUCGUUUGUGGAACGUGGACGUCCGGUCUCCGGCCUUGGCUGAUUUGCUUGGCUAUGCCCAUAAAAAUAUUAUGGGCGAGUUGAAUAAACUGAAAGUCAAGCCGCAACAUGAGCGGGAUGCACUCAAUAAAAAGGGAGACUUCACGGAUGAGCUUGUAGUGGCUCCAUUGCCGCUGCCGGACAGAAAGCACAGCGAGACCAAUUUUGCUGACCUUGGGAAUGAAGAACAUCUAGCUAAUGCGGAUGAUCAAAUGGACCAGGAUGAUGAUGAUUUUCGAAGCGAAGAUGGUGAUAGUCGGUCUUCGAUGGAGGAUGACGAAGACGACGAGGAAGCCGAAGCCGACGAACGCCAGUGCGGAAUUUUUGCGUAAUGUGAACUCUUAAGAGCCGUAAUAAUGGUCAAGAACGUGGUUCUAACACGUGAGUCACGCCGUUUUACUUGUUUGUUGACACUUGAUGUCAUUUUUCCUUUAUUCUCACACUUUGCAAUUUAAGUGCCGAUAAGGAUCUGAAUUCUGCAGAUUGAGCAGUAGU